UUGCGGUAGCAACUGGAAUUAAGUAGGAUUUAAUGUUCUCACGGGGGUGUUAAGACGGCUGUUGUUUGUUGUUUUUUCCUUGUAGAAGUUUACCAGCGUUUGGGAAGUCCUUGCAGCGUCCAUCAUUAGGGCAAAUGGUAUUAAACCAUGGUAGCAGCCACUGUGAACUGCCAAUUUGGUAACAACGUAGACUGGCAUCGCUCCUCCAGCGCGACCGUAGGAAUGGAAAGCACUCAGCCAUUGUUAGUAGCCAAUAUAGCCUGUACAGAAAGGUUCGUGGUUGGUCAAGGGUUGUUUGUGAGAUCCUAUCUACCAUUGUUGUGAAACCAGAGUAACGGUUCAAUUUGUGUACUAUGAGUGUGUUGCCUGCAGUAGAAAAUGCCGGCAAGACCAAACAUUCGGCAUGUGGCUUUUCCAAAGAAGAAUGUACCAGAUGCCAAGGGCAAAAAGAAUACAAAUGACAUACACAUCAGACUGAAAGUCCAUGACCGCCAGGAAGAACAGGUAAACAUUAAAGGCAGUAAAAUUCACAGUGAAAUCAAGACAGAAGGUACCAAAGCCGGUCCACGUGCUGGCAAAAUUCAUGAAUCACCAUACGCGCAAAAGAACAUGAAAAGAUUAAGACUUCCUGAGCGAAAGAAGCCAGCUUCAAGAGCAGGCGUAACAAGCAGCUCUAGAGCUCAGUUUCGUGCAGGAAAGAACGCCAGUUCACAGAGAAAUCCAGUACGUGGGAAACUGGGCUUGAGGGAAACGUACUCAGACGUUCGUGAAAGAGCACUGAAGUCAACAGGGGUGAAUUUGGGAUCAGAGGAAGAAACCGAACUGACCAAUUUCAGCAUGAUGACAUCUUUCAUAACAAACUUGCAACCAGACAUCAGACAUCUAGAGUUAAGACGUAAUGGGAUAGUCCAACAUGAUCUAACUCAACUGGAGACUAUUAAGCUGCUGCUGAAAUUACUGAAGAAGAAUCUAAAGGAGAGGGAGGAGGUCACCGUUAAAUAUUGGGAGAAAAUCGACAAAAUUACUGAAUGUUACAGAGCCGAAUUAAAUGAAGUGAUGGACAGAUUUGAUGCAGAGAGUAGGAAGAUAAGUGAGGAGUUCACGAUGCUGCACAAAUGCAUGUUGGAUCCAUUUUCGAAUAAGGAUGUGAAGGAACUUGCUUUUGAGAAGUUCUUCAACAGACACAAAAAGCAGGAAAACAAACAGACAGACGACACUAGCAUGGACGAAGAGGUUGCCUUUGUGAAUUACUUCGACAACCACAAAAAGCAGGAAAACAAACAGACAGACGGCCGUAGCAUAGACGAAGAAGUUUCCGUUGAGAAUUACUUCGACAAACACAAAAAGCAGAUAAACAAACAGACAGACGACCGUAGCAUUGAUGAAGAAACGGAAAACGAAGUCUCAGAGGAAGAGGUGUGGUCGUGCAAGGAGCUUGACCCACAGGAAGAGGGACACGGAGAUAACGUACCGCAUAUACACGUGUCUUUGAUACUGACGAAAGAGCAAGAAGACAAGAUGACGCUGACACCGCAGGUAACAGAUCAGCGGACAUUGCGUGAGCUGAACAGAAAAGCAGAUGAGGUAAAGGAGCAGAUCGAAGAAAUGGAUCAUGAAUUAACACACAGUGAACUGAAUUUUAUGGAUGAUGUGAUGAAGGAAGGGGAUAGAGACAAAGUAGAACGGAUUUUUUGUCUCAAUCAUCUGAUAGAAGAUAGUCGGCUGCCGAAUGGCAAAUGUAGCGUCUGUUCAAGCAAGAAUGAAGAUGAAUAUGUCAGUUGGAUUUCUUCCUGCCUGUUGGCGAAUAGGAGUCACGGCUUGUGUGGCGACGACCGCGAUCUGAUUAAUCGCCUGCUAUUUGGCAUUCUGCCAAACGAAACAGAUUGUAAGGAGAGGCAUACUUGCAAGACCACGAAUAAAAGAGACUUCCAACCAUCUCAAGUAAAUCGUCCCGCUACGUCCCAAUUCAGGCACUAGUGGGGAGCGGAGGUAUAGCUCUUGACCUUGGCACCAGAUGGGGGCGAGCGGUCAGCAUCACACCCCGGCUGCGCUUUACCCCCGGGAAAGGACCCCGGUACCCGUCGGACAGGAGGCCAUAGCAAUUGAAAAUUAUUAAAGUUAAAAAAGUUUCACUUUGAAGAUGACUUGUCUUCUAGAAUGUUGCGCUGCGUAGUGUGGUAGGAGUAUGCCGAUAUCUUGGGUGCUUACUGCCUCUGUCUUCAGGGUGAUGAGUAACCUCUGCAUGAGAAAUUGGAUUCAGAUUUUGUAACAUGUUGAGCAGGUCAAGACUGUUCUCAGGAUAAGGUUGGACGAACUCCAUUGCAUUCUUCGUGUGAUACAGAGAAAUCCCCAGCUGUCCUCUGGGCAUACUUGCCAGGCGGUGGAUUGGGACCCUGAUGAUGCUUGUAAGUCAUGAGGUUAGCAUUGGUUCACAGGGCCUGGAGUGCUCUCUCUACUUUCAGCUCUUGGGACUGAAAGCCGUAAGUUCUCUGCUGGAAGAGGCAGCAGCUGAGGCAGUCCAACAGGAAACACUUGGGAUCCGAGCGUUGUUUGUCCAAAGCUGAAGGAAGAGCUCUCUGUGUUCUGCAAACCAAAGCCAGCCUCACAGUCCACUGUCCUGAUGUGACGGUGGUUCUCGACACCAGUGAUUACAACCAAAGCAUUGCAGCCAUUUUAGUUAGGGGUGCCCAAGAACCACACUGUUGCCACAGAACAGAAGUAAGUUGUCACUUUCUGAGGAGAUUCCCAACAACUAUUACCACACGGUUUGAGCCCUCGUAUACUGCGAGGGGGGCCACCCUUAGGCCUAUCGCGAGCGCCAUUGGGGUCUCAUCUGACUGCUUGGUCCAACUUGAUCAGGUUGCUCAGACACAUCAGUUGUCAGUUAACCAGACUAUGCAGCGCAACAUCCCAGAAGCCAGUUGUCUUCUAUUCGACAAUGUGAGAACUGGAAUAUCACAGGAAUUGGUAACAGACUUUGGGUUUUUUGAAAUUAAAGAUGGAUUUAUUGUACAGGUAGCCCUCGAUUUGCGCCGGUCCAAUUUGCGCUGAUUCAGAAUAACAGCGAUUUUGAAACCAGAAAGUCAAUCACAUGAAAGAAUCCCAGUCAGUCGCGGGGACCAACUAAUUGCCGAAUGUAAGUGUAUAUUUUUUAAAUUCCCUUUAUUUUAUUUACGUUAUUUCAGAGCUUUAAAUGUAAUUCCAUUAUAUUACUCAUCAAUGUUUGGUGCUGGGAACGCGUGUCAUUGACUUCCCAUUGAUUUAC